AUGGCGGAGGAGGGAGGGGUUGAGGAAGAGGACGUGUUCUUAGCCUUUGCUCGGGGUCCCUCUCCUCCCCGAGGUCCUUUGCGACGGGCCUUGGACCAGGCCUUCUUAAUCUUCCUGGUCCUCGUCUUCACACUCCUGACGUUGGAUGCAGUUUAUCGGCUGCUGGGGCUGCUUCCAUGGACCAAGUUUGGGAACUGGCUCCUAGAAACACCUUGGCAGGAGGAGGAGUUGGAACUGUGA